AUGAACUGUUUUGAAAGUUUUCGUUUCCUAUUAUCAUUAUUUAAAUCACACCAGUUCCCAUGGAUCUCUUAUACUGAAAAUGACAUUAUAAGUCGUAAACUAUUUUUUGGUCAUCCUGAUAAGCUAUCACCGAAAAUAUCUUAUGAUGGUCAAUAUCUUGCAUAUUUGGCACCUAAAGAUGAUGUUAUGAAAAUUUUCGUAAGCGAUGAUCCAAAACGUCCAAAUGAUCAAGAUAAAAUGGUUACUAUUACUUCUGAUAAAUUUUUUGGAAUAAGGGAAUAUUAUUGGACAUAUGGAAAUGAAAUUUUAUAUUCUCAAGAUUAUAAAGGUGAUGAAAACUAUAAAAUUUAUACGGUUAAUAUCAAGACAACUAAGACUAUAUGCUUGACACAAUUUGAUAAUACACAAUCCAGACUUGUUCACCUUUCUCCAAA